AUGAGUAGCAGUGCGCUGCGCUCCGUGGUGAAGGUCUUGUGUCCCACUGCUGAUCCGAGCUGUGCACGAGUGGAGACUCUCACCACGCAGAACCACAGAGAGCUGGAGAUCCAGCCUGCAGCUACCGUUGCCAUGGUGCAGCAGGCCGUUCAGCCUUUUCCCACAGUGGACGUUCCUGACCAUGCUCACUACACCAUCGGGGCGGUAAUCCUGGCCAUCGGCAUCACUGGAAUGGUUGGCAAUUUCCUUGUCAUCUAUGCCUUCAGCAGGAGCCGUACUUUGAGGACCCCCGCCAACAUGUUUAUAAUAAACCUGGCCAUUGCAGACUUCCUCAUGUGUGCUACCCAGUCGCCUAUAUUCUUCACUACCAGCAUGCACAAGAGAUGGAUCUUUGGAGAGAAAGGCUGUGAGCUGUAUGCAUUCUGUGGAGCUCUGUUUGGUAUCUGCUCCAUGAUCACCCUCAUGGUCAUCGCCGUGGACCGCUACUUUGUCAUCACGCGGCCCCUGGCCUCCAUCGGCGUGCUAUCCCAGAAGAGAGCCCUGUUGAUCCUGACCUGCGCCUGGGCUUACUCUCUGGGCUGGAGCCUGCCUCCCUUCUUUGGCUGGAGUGCCUAUGUUCCUGAGGGACUCCUCACUUCUUGUACAUGGGAUUACACGACCUUCACCCCCUCAGUACGAGCUUACACAAUGCUCCUCUUCAUCUUUGUCUUCUUCAUCCCCCUCAUCGUUAUAAUCUACUGCUACUUCUUCAUCUUCCGUGCCAUUCGCACCACUAACCAAGAUGUGGAGAAGAUCAAUGGGAACAACACCAGGGACACAAUUAAGAGAUUCCACAGGCUGAGGAGUGAGUGGAAGAUGGCUAAGGUUGCCCUCAUCGUCAUACUGCUGUAUGUCAUCUCGUGGUCUCCCUAUUCAUCUGUGGCCCUGACAGCAUUUGCUGGGUAUGCAGACAUGCUGACGCCUUAUAUGAACUCAGUGCCUGCUGUGAUAGCCAAAGCUUCAGCCAUCCACAAUCCCAUCAUCUACGCCAUCACUCACCCCAAAUACAGACUGGCUAUAGCGAAGUACAUUCCGUGUCUGCGUGUGCUGCUGUGUAUUCCUCAGAGAGAGCUGCAGUCCCUCCACAGUAGCUUCAUGUCAACUCGCCGCUCCACUGUCACCAGCCAGACCUCAGACAUCUCUGGAAACUUCCGGAGAACCAGCACUGGAAAAUCCCGCCUCUCCUCCGCCUCCGAUAGUGAAUCUGGCUGGACAGACACAGAGGCUGACCUGUCCAGCAUGAGCUCAAGGCCAGCCAGCCGGCAGGUGUCCUGUGACAUCAGCAGGGACACAGCUGAUCUCCCGGACUUCAAACCCAGCAGCUCAUCAAGCUUCAAGUCUAAACUCAGGAACCACGACUCUGGCAUCUUUGAAAAGACGUCCUGUGAUAUGGAUGAUGUGUCGGUGGCUGCUGUAGCGUAUGCUGACCGCGUCUUUGCUCCUGCUGGCGUUGACAGCGCAGACGGAGGCAUGAUUUCAAGAGGCAUGAUUGGCCGGAUCCCCAGCAUAGUCAUCACCUCCGAGUCCAGCCCCUUCCUGACCUCUGUGAGGUCCAGCUUCCGCAAUGCACGUUCUCGCAUUUCCAAUGGCAACACUGGGACAGGCUCCUCUGCCAGAGACGCGGCGGGUGGAGUCCAGCAGGGGGCAGCCCUCCAUUCUAAUGCUGCGGAUUCACCUGCUUCUGCUCACAGUCAGACUUCUCUCCCUCACUAA